AUUUCAGGCGAAUGCUAAAAAUUAUCCCAAGCUAUGAGGUUUGGAAUUAUGGGAUUGAAAAAUUAAACAAUUAAUUUUCCAAAGGAGAAAAUUAGAAUGUCAUUAGGAAGAAUAGGUAAGGGCAAAAUCGGGAGACUAUUCCAGGAAACUUUGAGGGCGCGUAGAGAAAGAGAGGCAGUUAUCCUCAUUCCUCACUCGCAGGACCCAAUCUCAACCACAAUAUGGCACUUCGUCUCACGCCUCCCUUUCCAUCUUUCACCGGUCGAAAUCUGGUCAUCGGAAAAUCGCAGCCGCUGGUUAAACUAAAAAUCUCCUGCUCUUAUCAUUCCAACGAGGUCACUUAACUCCCACUUCUUCUUGGUUUCCGUUUACAAAUAAUGAAAAAAUUGGUGGUGUGAUUGUGAGAAGUAUUGGGCGCUGAUUUUUCCGGGGUGGUGAUAUAGUGCAAGAAGGAGUAGACGAGCGUGAUGAUAGUGCCGACAGGUGUAGGUACCACCAUCGGUGGAUUCGCCGGCGACGCUUAGCCAGUUGCUCGUGCACUCGCCUCCGUCGUUGAUUGCCUCAUUUCGCACCCUAACGUACGUCUCUCUCUCUUACCCUAACUCAAAAAGGGUGUUUUGGUCAUUUACCGUUAAUAGUUAGAUUCCAUCUCCACAGGUAUUACUGUUGUUCCCUUGCAUCUUGAGUUGCAUUGGGUUAUUUUUAAUAAAUAAGUUUAACUACGAAAUUAUGCUGCGUUUAUGUAUGAAUUAAUCAAGGAUUAACAGUUAUGAAGUACUGUGGCCCGGGGUUGAAUCUUAAUGGAUGAGGGCCGGCCCAAUAAUUGAAGGGGCCAAGAAAAUCGAGCCUGGACAAACGAAAUGAUCGGGCCCGUCCAAAUAAGUGGGAAAUAGGACGGGUUAGUCCUGUGCCCAUGGCUACCGUGGGAUGGAAAAUGCGAAAACUUUCUGCCUGGACUUAUUUUUUAAAAGUCUAAAACAUAUACCUUAGCUAUGGUCUAUGGAGGACAGUGCAGCCUAUGCUUAAGCAUCUAUCUCUGCAACUUUAGGUGCUUAAUGCAGCAAUGCUUUAUUGGCCCGUGCCAAAUGUGCUAUAUGUUGUAGGUUAUGCUCUUGAUCGAUUUGCAGAAGGCUUAUGGGCAUUGCAGCCAGUUCACCAAAAUAGAGUGGGGUUGGUUCUUGAUGCUGCAAUAGAGGGGGAACUUCGACUUCGCCAUUUGCAAGUGGCUGAUGCGACAAGAGCUUCCCUUGGAUUGCCUGUUUUGGAAUAUAUUGUCACUGACACUCCUUUACUGGUGGAGAAAUGGGUUGAUCCAAAGAGCGGGCAAUCAACAGGGAGAAUUAAGCAUCCUGAUUCACUACCGAGAGCUGUGCAGACUUUAGUUAACCGAACAAAGGGUAUAGAUGAUUUGGCAGGAGUGGAGGCAGUUAUAAGCCAUCUGGUGGUGAAGGAAUUCCAGAUCCCUUGUGCACAUGCACCUGCAUUAUCUCCCUUUCCUUUGAGCCUAUCACUGUGUCCAAAAUCAGCUGCCAAGGAGAUAGGAUACACAUUCUUGCUAUGUGUGCUUGCUGGCCUAAGUAAUGCACCACAAUAUGUAGUCAAGAACUCUGAGUCUUUGGAGAAGGGUUGCAUAUUAGCAAGUGAUGUUGAUAGCGUCAUUCUUCCUAUGGAUGCUUGUGAAGGAGAUGGUGCUCUUGCUUUUGCCAGAAGCAAAAAGGACAAGAUGCAGCCACUUAUUAUUACUGUGGAGGAAAAUGAAACAGUUCUCAAUGAUACACCGGAAAAGUACGGCAUUGAAGUGGUCAAGGUCGCAAACUAUUGAGAAGCUAUAGGUGUUAUUGCAGCUCAUAAGGCAGGGAUAGACCCAAAUUCUCUCUGAAGAAACAGAAUUAAAAACAUCGGUUGCCCUCCAUCCAUAUCUUCCAAUGGUUAUUCGGUUUCAAGUGUGGGAUCUGUCACAUGAUUCGGGUAUAUCAACAAUUAUUUUGGUCUGAGUUAUUUUAAAUGCCAAGAAGUUCAUGAUUUUCCGGUGUUUGAGAGUUAUGGCCCUCUGGGCAUUUCUACCUUUUGGAUUAGCAAUGGAGGAAAUGGAAAAAAGAUAUAGGUCCUUAUAUUGAUGGGUUGGUUAAAUGGCAAUUCCUAAUCCUUAAAAUCCGGCCAUAUGUUCUGUUCAAGUCAGGAUGAUGGGCGUAUUGGAGAAGCAACCGGACAAAUAAUCAACUUUCAAAGACAAAUACCAACUGGUUUGUUCGUGAUGUCGCUAUUUCAUAAACAAGCACCAAUGGGCUUUUACGCUCUUAUGGGUGGAGUCUAUCAAAUCGUUAUCAUAAUGUAUUCGAAAUUUUGCUUCAGCCUAUCGCUUAAGGGCUUGGAACUUUGAUGGACGUGAACCAACCAGUCAAAUGCUGUGAAAUUUUGAUCGUUGCGGUCCAUUUGAUUUUAUGAAGUGCAAGUAUUAACUUGUUUCUAUCAAGACCAUAACAAUGGUAGAUGUUGCAUUCAUGGUUUGCUUGGCGAGGCCCCGGUGAAAGCUUGGGUGACAAUUGCAUGAUGAUACUACAUUUUUCCUUGUAAGAUGUUCAUGCGGUUUAUUUGGACCGACUUUUAAGGAGUAGUGGCUCUUUUUUAAGCUCAAUAAGGUUUAUCAUAUUUGUUUGGUUAA